GCCCGGCCCGGGCCCUGGGCGGCUGCAGCCCUGUUUGUGAGCGGGUCCGUGCUGCUGCGGGGGCCUGUCCGCCGCCCAGGGAUGUGGCGGGGGCAGGCGCGGGGGGAGGUGGACAGAGGAGAGGCUGAGCAGGGCUGGAGACAGCUAAGGCCAUAAGAACGGCCAUCGCGGUUAGAUGAAUGGUUCAUCUAGUCCAGUGUCCUGCCUUCAGAACUGGGCAUCUUGGAUUUUGUGCAACAGAGUGAAAAACAGUGGAAUAAGCAGUGAAACUUUCUUAAUCUGAUUGACUUGAGUUCCUUUGUUGGAACAAAGGUAAACUGGUAGAAGAUGCCAACUGGGAAAGUUUUGCAACCUGUACUAAAAAUGAAAGUGGAUGAACUCUUCCUGUGCUGGCUCAGUCAGCCUACAACCCAGUUGAUGUUAAAGGAUUGUUUGAGAAGGAUCAAGAAUGAAGAGAAGACUGAAAUUGGUAGUGGAGACGCUGGGGACAGUGAACCUCUCAUUUUUACUAAUAAAACCUCCAAAUCUAAACAAAGUAUGCUAGAUAACCUGAUAUCUCCUUUGGUGACUCCUUCCAGUCCUCCUCAUCUUUCCACAGCUCUCCCCCUGGGAACUUCAACUAGCCCAAGAAACCUAUCUAAUAUUAGAGGAAUACGUAGAUCUACAGGGACAAGAACAGUUCAGACAAAGAAAGAAGAACCUUUGCCGCCAUCACUGAGCCAAACCAUUCCAACAUUUUAUUUUCCCCGAGGAUGUCCAAAAGAAAAAGUGAAUAUAGAUGCAGUGAUUGCCAAAAUAGAGAGAACUUUCUCUCAGUUUCCAAAUGAGAGAGCAAGAUUAGAAGACAUGGGCAAAGUUGCAAAGGCCUGUGAAUGCCCACUUUACUGGAAAGGCCCCUUGUUUUAUUGUGCUGGAGGAGAACGAACAGGAUGCGUCUCAGUUCAUAAAUUUGUUGCAAUGUGGCGAAAAAUACUACAGACCUGUCAUGAUGAUGCGGCAAAGUUUGUUCAUCUUCUGAUGAACCCUGGAUGCAACUACUUGGUGCAAGAAGACUUCAUUCCAUUUUUACAAGAUGUGGUGAAUAGUCAUCCUGGCCUAUCAUUUUUAAAAGAAGCAUCCGAAUUUCAUUCUCGUUACAUUACCACAGUUAUACAAAGGAUAUUUUAUACAGUAAAUAGGUCUUGGUCUGGAAGAAUCACGUGUAAUGAACUCAGGAAAAGCAGCUUUUUGCAGAAUGUGGCAUUAUUGGAGGAAGAAGCGGAUAUUAACCAGCUGACAGAGUACUUCUCUUAUGAGCACUUCUAUGUCAUCUAUUGCAAAUUUUGGGAGCUGGAUACAGACCAUGACCUCUAUAUUGAUCCAAAGGAUUUAGCCCGGCAUAAUGAUCAUGCUAUAUCAAACAGGAUGAUAGAGAGGAUAUUUUCAGGAGCAGUAACAAGGGGCAGAAAAGCACAGAAAGAAGGAAAACUUAGUUACGCUGAUUUUGUCUGGUUUUUGAUAUCUGAAGAGGACAAAAAGACUCCAACUAGCAUUGAAUACUGGUUUCGCUGUAUGGAUCUUGAUGGGGAUGGUGCGUUGUCUAUGUAUGAACUGGAGUACUUUUAUGAGGAACAGUGCCAAAAACUGGAUAACAUGGCCAUUGAACCUCUGCCUUUUGAAGACUGUCUGUGCCAGAUGCUGGAUCUUGUAAAGCCACAAUGUGAUGAGAAAAUUACUCUCCAUGACUUAAAGAAGUGCAAGUUAGCAAAUGUGUUCUUUGAUACCUUUUUCAACAUUGAAAAAUACCUUGACCAUGAGCAGAAGGAUCAAUUUUCUAUGUUGAGGGAUGGUGAAAAUGAAAGCCAAGAGAUUUCUGACUGGGAGAAAUAUGCUGCUGAAGAGUACGAUAUCCUGGUAGCUGAAGAGGCAGCUAGCGACCAGUGGAAUGAUGGUUAUGAGGCAGAGCUGAAUCCUGUAGACCAUCAGAAGGCCAAUGUCCUAAAAUUUCAGAUGGAGAAAAGACCUUUCUUUGAAAUGCCAUCCCAUCUAGCUGAUGUAGACUUGGAUGACUAUGAUUAUGAAGAGGACUUUGAGUGAUUCUGAUCAACACUUGCAGAAGAAGGAAAAGGACAGUCUGCAGCAGGUCUGCUACACAUGUAUAAAAAUUCAGUGGAUUUGUCUUGAGAGAAAGUAAACUUAGUUCUUUGUGCUACAAAAUUAAUCAUUAGGUUAUCAUUUAAAGAAAAUGAAGUGCAUUUGUAUGGAAUGACAAAACUUUUUUGUAUUUAUUCAGUAGUUUAUAGCUUGUAAAAUAGAUUAAAAUAUUUAUUUAUAGAUGUUGCAUAAUUCCUUAACGGAAGAGUAACCAUAUUUAAGUUCUUCUCUAAAGUACUCUAUUGGUUUUAAGAGAUGACUAUAUAAUUCUCUCUAGAGUUGAUACAUAGUGCACUGACCACCUUCAUCCUGUAUCUGUGAACCGAAGUCCCUGUGCUAGGAUGGGAAAUAAGGAGAAUGCUUGUGCUUUCAUGGCAAAAAUCUAGUAAUGGUAUCAUUGUUAAAGAGAAUGAGAGUAGCUGUGAGUGAAUGAUUUGGCUCAGUAUUUGAGAGUAGUUUCAUUGGACAAGCCGAAUAUAUUAGUGUACAACGUAGACUAUUUAAUGCUAAAACAAGCUUCUCCUCUUUCCUUUCCACCCCCUCAUUUUAUUUGCCCCAACUUUAACUUCGCCCUUUUAAACUUCAAGUCCUUUCAUUGAUGUCCAUUCUCGAAUACUAAAGUCUGUUUUAGUGUUCAUACUUGACGCCUAAUAGGGUAUUUUACUCCAUGUAGAAGGAACCAAUUUUUUUAAACCUUGUAUAAAUGUUACUUGAUCUGUGAUGUGCACUGCUCUGUGGGCAUUCAAUGUUUUUGUUUGUUCCUCCUUUUCAAUGGUUAGCUAUUGACACAUUCCAUAAAUAUUCAAACAAAUAGUGUCACAGCAGCUUGAAAUUGUCUCCUCACCUGCCUACCUAUGGCAAGAGAUUGCUUACUGGACGAGUUGACAUUUGUUACUCAAUUAAAUCAUAAGGUUGUAGUGCCUUGAAAUGUACAAAUGUAAGUGAGAAUUUAGGUAUGGAACGUUUUCAGCAAUACUUUACUGCUAAACAGAUUUUCAUGUAAAAUGUACAAAAAGAUGUAAGUUAUUUUUGUUUGCGGUGUAAAUCCGUUUAAAAUGUUUAAAGGAUCAUGUUUGUAUUUUCAAAUAAAGAUUUUCAUACA